GAUGACAGGCUGCUUGAAGUUUUGUUUGCUCGUUUAAAUGGAGUACCACCGCUCACCUGGGGUGAUGUUGUCACGGCACUUAGAUCACAAACGGUAGGUGCUCACCAUCGCCUAGCUGACAGCAUUCAGGAAAGCUAUAUCCGUCGUUCUGCUGGUCUCAAUCGUGAGAUUUCAAACCAAGCCAGGCGUCAUGAGACUAAAAUAAAUAUAUCCUCUGGGGAGAGGCAACCGACAAUGAGUAAGAAAUGCUCAGAAGAGGUAGAAAGUGAAAAGGCCCAUAUAAAUAUAAUGCAUGAAAGAAGCGUAGAGGAAUCUAGUGAUUCAGAAUCUGAGGAAGAAGUAGAAUAUCUAACUGCCCACUCCGAAGAAUAUGCUCACAGUCAAGAAGAGUUUAGUAGCAAAGCCACUAAUCAAUCAACAACAGCUAAAUCUGAAUCUGUCAGGUACUCACAAAAACAGUACAAAAAUGAAGAAAAAGGGCAGAAAUCAGCUCCACUAAAAGGUAAGGUGUCGUGUGAUCAAUCAGAAAUUGUUGUAAAGAAGCAACGUGAAGUAUCACAAGUAAGUCACCCAGAUACGUCUGUGGAGGGUGCAGAAGCUAGUGAUGAGGGGGAGCAAGAUUCUGAUCCAGAGGUAAGCGAAAAAACUACGCCUCAUAAACCCCAAUUAGAAUCUGAAGAUGAGUCUUCUUCUGCCAGUACCAGUGAAGAGAGAAGUGAAGUCACAAGUCACGACUAUGUUAGAAAACUGAAAUACAAUGAGAAAAAGGUCUAAAGUCAAUCCUGACAAAGAAAAACAAGAAUCCCAGAAAGUAAAGCACGCCUCAGGGGAAAGAAUCAAAGAGCAUUUUUCCAUCUCAUCCUCUUAUAAACAGUCUAUAAGGGGUAAGAGUGCAGAAAAAAGAAAAUUGUUUAGUGACAUGCACAAUGAAGAUUUAAUAGCAAAGCGUCCAAAAAUAAUAUACUCAGUAACUACUGAGUCUCCCCCUAACAGAGAACGAAUUGGCAUGGUAAAAAGUGUAAGGAGAAAAAGAAAAAUGAAAACCAAAUCCAAAAGUCAGGGGAACAGAAAAUUAAUAAGAAAGGGUGCAAGAGAAAUCCAGGUACCCCAAGUUAUGUUCACAAGAAGAGAAGGUUGAGAUUGAGGAAGAAACAUCGCAAAAGAAAGCAACAGAGAUUCCGUUGAAACAAGCCACAGCAUAUUCAGACAGUACCGAAGAAGAAGACUCUGAAGAUGAAGAAUGGGAUUCGGAUGAUGAUAGGAGUGAGGAUGAAGAAGACAGAGACUCAGAACAAAGCUCAUCAAAUGAAGAGGAGAGAACGGAACAUGAUGAUGGGUCUUCUUC